AACUACUGUUCAGGACAGUGAUCGGAAGUCCCAGCUGUGUGUUACGGUGUCACAGGGCCAACAGCACUCUACAGAUAUUCAACUUGUAUUAGUUAGUGUAAUUUGUCUACAUGGCUUAUCCAGGAUACGGCGGGUAUGGGGGUGCCAUGCCAGGCAUGCCCCAUCAGGGAAUGCCACCCCAAGGAAUGCCAGGAGGUCCGAUGGGAGGUCAUAUGGGAGGACCCAUGCCCGGGCACAUGGGUGGGCCAAUGGGAGGCCAACCACCUCAGGGAGGAUAUGCCCCUUAUGGAGGCGGAUACCCGGGCACAUACGGAGCUCCACCCCCACCUGCCAAUGAUCCAAUGUGGGGUUACUUUACAGCCAUAGCAGGCCAGGAUGGUGAGAUCGAUGCAGAGGAGCUCCAGAAGUGUCUCACACAGUCUGGUUUCACAGGCAGCUACACCCCCUUCAGUCUGGACACCUGCAGGAUCAUGAUCGCAAUGCUCGACAGGGACUUCACAGGUAAGAUGGGCUUCAACGAGUUCAAGGACCUGUUCACCGCUCUCAACGGCUGGAAGCAGAACUUCAUGAUGUUCGACCAGGACAGGAGCGGCACCGUGGAACCUCACGAGAUGACUCAGGCAGUCAACGCCAUGGGUUACCGUGUCAGUCCUCAGGCUCUGAAUGCAAUCAUCAAGCGCUACAACAAAGCUGGAAGAGUCUACUUCGAUGACUACGUGGCCUGCUGUGUCAAACUUCGAGCUCUCACAGACAACUUCAGGCGGAGAGACACCAUGCAGCAGGGAUCUGUCACCUUCCAAUAUGAUGAUUUUAUCCUGUGCACAAUGGCCAUCUAAGUUCUGCUGUCUGUCUAGCACCACAAGGUCAGAGCGCCUGAUGAACCAAUCAGUGGUGGAUGAACCCAAAGGGAGGCCAGUAUGACUGAGUGGCCAACAGCCACAAUAAGAACGUACCCAUUGCUUGUUAUGCUUGCUAUAAUGCUUUAGUCUUGUAUGUCACACAGGGAUAUGCUGAAGAUAUAUCAGGUGUGUACACACACACACAUAUAUACACACAAUAUAUAUCCACAGUAGAGGGGAACAUUUCAGAGUCUUUAAAGCUCCUGAUUAACUUCUAAUUUUCAGAAGAAAAAAAAUCACAUGGGGGCUUUAAAGAUAAAUGUAUGAGAGUUUCUAUGGAACAAUCUUAUAAUUGACACUCCAUAAAUCUAGUUUGAAUAUUAUACUUUGGGUCUCAUUUUAGAAUGAAGCCGUCAGUGCAAAGUGAACCGCUAUGAGGAUGUUCUGACGUGAGACACCUUCUGUGCCAUUAUAAUCUCUGAAUGUAUGAUCUCUAGAUAUUAAAAACCACUGAUGUAUAACUCCAUCCUAAUGGACAACAUUGAGUCAAUUAAAUGUUAAAUGACAGAUUUUUUUGACAGUGCUUUUUCUCAUGUGCAUUAUAUGUUGUAAUGAUAUUUUACGUUUUAUAAAAAUGUAUAACAUGCCUUAGUAGAUUAUAGAUAUGCACAAUUAUUAGCUUGAUGUUCACGUGAUAACAAGCUUAGCCAAAGUGACUGUGAGCUCAGUCUGUUACUAAUGAUACUGAAAUAUAAAGGUAUUGUCGUACAGCAACAUGUCAUGUUCAUAUGCCUGAGAAUUUGCAGCUAUGAAAACUUUUUCUCCAUGUUUCAAUACAAAGACAGCCAGGAUUAUCAUUUGUAAAGAUUACAGUGAAGUCAGCCUCUACACAUAACCAAAUGUUGUAGAAAGCUCAUAUUUUGUUACUCACAAUAAACACUUUUUAAUCA